GUCCAGCAUUCUACAGUUUGUGUGUCUGAAAGAAAUGUAAGCCUACAAAAGUGUUCUAGCCAUCAGAUUGAGAAAAUGAUACACAGUGUUUCAGUUUGUCUGGGCUACAACAAAAACACCAUAGAUUGGAUGGCUUAAACAAGAAACAUUUAUUUCUCACACUUCUCCAGACUGGGAAGUCCAAGAUGAAGGUGCUGGCAUAUUUGGUGUUUGUAUUUUCUGGAUUCCGUCCCAGCAGAUCUGUUUUCUGCUCUGUAGCUUCCUGGAGUAACACUGAGCAUCAUUAGGGGAACUCAGCUGCCCUUGGACUGUAUAUCAAAGCGAAGGCUUUGGAGAUCUUUUCAGUUAAAACAAUAAUGACUUUCUUGAAAUGUAAUCCCAGUGGAGCUUGUUUUCUGUGUUGCCUGGAAGAAUCUUUACCUACCAUCAGCAGAUCUUCAGAGACCUUCUAAAAACUUCUGUUCAUCAAGCAACUGAGUGACUCUUGAGUUAUUCACAGGGACCUUAAGAACUGUGGGUAUCAAUUUACCUGGAAAAUUCAACAACUGCCACCCAGAGCUACUGCUGAAAUACCAUGUCUAAGAACUCUGAGUUCAUCAACCUGUCAUUUUUAUUAGAUCAUGAGAAGGAGAUGAUUCUGGGAGUCCUAAAGAGAGAUGAAUAUUUGAAAAAAAUAGAGGACAAGAGAAUAAGGAAGCUGAAGAAUGAACUCUUGGAAGCAAAACGCAGAAGUGGGAAGACUCAACAAGAGACCACCAGGGUCUGUGCCCACUGUCAGAGAAACCUGGGCUUGAUAUUCGACCGGGGAGACCCGUGCCAGGCCUGCUCCCUCAGAGUGUGCAGCCAGUGCCGGGUCUCAGGCCUUGAUGGCAGCUGGCGGUGCACCAUCUGUGCAAGAGUCGCGCAGCUAAGGAUUGUAACUGGUGAGUGGUUUUUUGAAGAAAAGGCAAAGCGUUUCAAGCACGUCAAUGUUCUGGGCACUGAUGUUGUCCGACAGUCCAUCUUAAGAAGAAGUCCAGGAGAUGGAGAAAUACAAAGCCAAGAACAAACCCGCCAGAACACAGAAAAGUCAGAUGCUUUGCCUUCUGCUGGGCAGAAGGCCAGCCACGAUGGACCCAGGAGAAAGGGAUUUCUUCUUAGCAAGUUCAGAUCAGCAACCAGAGGAGAAAUUAUCACUCCCAAAACUGAAAGUGGGCGGAGCUACAGCUUGGACUUAGACAGCCACAAUUUUCGGAGUUUAAAGUCAGCCCCUGGUUCCGACAGGGGAAGCACUGGUUCAUCAGACUUCAAUGAGCCAGAAGCUGGUCCUGGAACUCCGAAGAGUGUCCGGAGCAGUGGCAUGACCCCAGGCACUCCGAGGUCACCGGCCCCCAGCACCCGCAGCGUGACCUCAGUCAGCAGUCGAGAACGUGGUUUUGAGAAUUCCACCGAUUUGGCUGCCAUUGAAAGCACCUCUGAGGACCUCACAAGGACUCAUCGCCGAAAACCUUCCAGCACACCAUCCAUAGCAGUGUCCCGGGCCUCCCUCUCCUCAGACCGGAGUCGAUCUGAGUUAGAUUUGAGCGGGUCAUUUACAGAAGACUUAGAGGAUACUGUAAGCAUAAGGAGCAAAUCUGUCCCUGGGGCUUUGGACAAAGACUUGGAUUCCUUGGAAGAGAUGGAAGAUGGCAUUGAUGACUUAGUGUCCUCCCAGUUUUCUUCAAAUACCCACAGUCUAGCGAGUGGCCUGUCAACAACCAGCCUGAACAGCAUGAUGAGUGUUUACAGUGAGACAGGAGACUAUGGCAACGUGAAGGUCAGCGGGGAAAUCCUUUUGCACAUCAGCUACAGCUACGAAACUGGCGGGCUCUACAUUUUUGUCAAGAACUGCAGAAAUCUGGCCAUAGGAGAUGAAAAGAAACAGAGGACAGAUGCUUAUGUCAAGUCAUACCUUCUUCCUGAUAAGUCCAGAAAUAACAAGCGCAAGACCAAAAUAAGAACAGGCACCAAUCCAGAAUUCAAUGAAACCCUAAAGUACACCAUCAGCCAUGCCCAACUGGAAACGAGAACUCUGCAGCUCUCUGUCUGGCAUUAUGAUCGAUUUGGACGGAAUAGCUUCCUGGGGGAGGUGGAGAUUCCUUUUGACUCAUGGAACUUUGAAAAUCCAAGUGAUGAGUGGUUUGUGCUCCAGCCCAAGGUGGAAUGUGCUGCUGAUAUUAGCCUUCAGUAUAAAGGAGAGCUGACAGUCAUGUUACGUUACAUACCACCAGAGGAGAAACUGAUGCCUCCGCUAGAACAGCUUCAAGGAAAGAAGUCCUUUAAACGAGGAAAAAAGAAGGAUCCAUCUAUCAUCUCUGGAGGAAUCCUAGAAGUGUUCAUCAAAGAGGCAAAGAAUUUGACUGCGGUGAAAUCAGGAGGCACUUCUGAUAGCUUUGUGAAGGGCUACCUGCUCCCUGACGAUAGCAAAGCCACCAAGCAUAAAACUCUGGUAAUAAAAAAGAGUCUGAACCCUCAGUGGAAUCAUACUUUCAUCUUCAGUGGCCUGCAUCCCCAGGAUAUAAAACAUGUUUGCCUAGAACUUACCAUCUGGGACAAGGAGGCCUUUUCCAGCAACAUCUUUCUGGGAGGAGUUCGUUUGAAUUCUGGAAGCGGUGUGAGCCACGGGAAGAACGUGGAUUGGAUGGACUCUCAAGGGGAAGAGCAGCGCCUCUGGCAGAAGAUGGCGGACAAUCCCGGAACUCCUGUAGAGGGCGUACUCAUGCUCCGUGCCAGCAUGGGGAAGAGUAAGCUCUGAAGGUACCAGCUCUCCAAAGUGAGGCCUCCCGGGACUGUCUGGUGGUUAUUUCCUACCAGUGGUAGGCUCACCACCUGGAGUCGGCUUCCUUGCCAUUUCUCACCUGAGCCUCUUGGGACAUAAGGGGAGAGAUGUCAAUGUUAUAAAUAGCUAGGGUCUCGCCAGCUGUCUUAUAAAAGCAUGUACUCUCUAUGUCCACAGGCUAGGGCUUUUUUGAUAGAAAAGGGCUGGAUGAUAGAAAGUAUACCACAUGGUCCUGUUAACAAACACAUUGUGCAAUAACUCAUGGGCUUUAUCUCACAGGGGAAAUGUCAUAUGUUUAUUUGAAACUACAGUUGAGAUUGGGAGCCCCCCAGCUUCUUCUAAUUGUGAGUGACUUUAGGUUUUCUCAAGGUUGGAGGGAAAAGGGAAUCACUUGGAACGUAGGCCUCUUGCAGAGUAAGAAGAAGGGAUACUGGCUACCCUUGCCUCACCCCAGGAAUCCCCAUGAUCCGAAGAAGGCACUGUGGGGAUGGUUGCUUGGGCAAGAGGGUGGUCCCGUUGUUGUAGCUACCUUGUGGAUUAACCGGGUGAAUUUUCAAGAUGAACUGAGGGUUUUUUUCUGUGGUGACUAUGUAAUUGGUACUCUAAAUCAUCCCAUUUUGGGGAGUGAAGAGACCUAAAUCAUUACACCAGGACACCAGAUGUAAGCCAGGACUGACCUGGGAAAAUUGGGGUGUAGGGUCACCCUAAUUAUGACUUAGCUAUUGAGAGAGCUGUGUUGUAAACAUUUAUAAAAUAUUCUAAGCUAUUAACUAAAAGGGAAUAAGAAGCAAUGCACAUUUUUGAACCGCUACUUGUAUUAUAUCUGCUGUAUCCUGUUGCUCAAAGGAAGUCACAUGGCCAAGCCCCAAAUCAAGAGGCAGGGAAAUAUACUCUGCUCACACUGAAGCCAUGGCAAGAGUGAGGAUGCUGGAAGAGAGGAAGGAUUGUGGCCAAUAGUUCCAUCCAACCUCUGUCACUUGGAAAUGCAGAGGCUUUAGCCACUAAACUUAGAUGCAAAGGGAGUUAAUGCUGAAAAAGGACCUUGGACCUGUUCCUCAUUUUGCACAGUCCAAAUCUGAAGCCCAUAGAGCAAAGAUGACUUACCUAAGAUCAUAUAAAAUCUGUGAGUGUAUGUGGACUUAAAUACAGGGUGUAACUCCUAAGCCAAUGUUCUGUCGACUGUGGUCUUCCACUUGGUAUAAUCCUAUGCUAAUCGUGAUGGGCAAGAGCACAUAGAUGAUGGGAGGUGGAGUCAAGUCUGAAUGUUUGUAUAUGAAUAUACUUGACACAGUCUUCUUCUGGAGUCAUAUUCUAGCCUCUCAGCUCAUUUUUUUACUUGAAUUCGUAUAAAAACCCUUAAAAGGAUGGAUACUUAAUUUUAGUAGUAGGAAAGCUAGAAUCAUCUUCAGGUAGCUAACUCUUCCAUAUUCUAAAUUUCUUUUUGAAUUUUGAAAGCAAAUUUAAGAAUAUAUUUACCAUUAUUCUUAGUAAGGUGACUAACAAUCCAUAGUCACUGUUAUUCAAAAAUAGGCUAUCCAGUUCUAGGAAAUGGAAGUUAUUAGUUUAGUGUAGCUUAGUGCAUAGGAUACAAUUUUUAAAACUCACGCCUGUAUCUCUAUGUUGCCCUUCUUAAAAACAGAAAACAAAAAGUAUACGAUCAUCACGACUUCCUUUAUUGAAAGAAAAAAUGUCUUCAGACUUGACAUGACUUAGUAUCUCCUCAAUGACAUUUAUAGGGGAGGUGAGAGGAUAAGCCUGGAGACAUUUCUAAAGUAGACAGACUGAAGUAGAUUUAUUCACUAAUAAUGAAAGUGGCAAAAUUAAUUCCAAAAUAUCUUGAACUCAAGAUGAGCAUGAAUUGCAUGUAUUCAGACCUUUGCCACAGAGCAAUUGUGAGAGUAGUGUGGUUUCAUAAAAUCCAAUAUCUAAUUGGGUGUUUCCAUACUUUAAGGCCCAGGUAUGCCAACAUCAGAAUCCUGUUGGUGUGGCUCUCAGAAAUAAAAGGCAAGUUGAUCUUUUAGGUUACUUUUUUUUUUAAGUGUAGUGUAGAAGUCCAAAAAAGAUUUUUAAUAUAAAUGAUACAUGUGAAUGGCACAAAAUUGUGAAAAGCAAGUCUUACCCUUUCCUCUUCCAUAUCAGAGUAUAUUGACAGCCUCUUUCUUUUUAUAUGGCUACAGUGUACUACAUUAUAGGGGUGUAUUAAAUUUAUUUAACCAUUCUUAUCAAACACCACAUUUAAUAUGGUUAAUUUAGCUAUGUUUGGUGGCUUUUUGAAGCAAUUUUUUUCCCCAGAGUAAACACUUCUAAAUUCAAAUUGAGAUCUGUAUAUUAUGUAUCAAUUCUACUUUUGGUUAUUUAUCCUACAGAGAUUGAUAAAUAUGUUAAAAAUGAUUACAUACAAGGAUAUUUCUUGGGAAAGAUUGGAAAACAUCCAAAAGCCCAUCAAUAGAGACCUUCUCUAAUAUCAUUCAUGCCUAAUUUUUCUGUUUCAUUAAUUGUUCCCUUUCCUUGUCUGUUAAAGAUUGUAAAAUGCUUAACUUUGGAUUCUUUUUUUUUUUUUUUUUGGCUGCACUGUGUCUUCUUCAUUGAAGCACAGGGGCUUUCUCUAAUUGCAAUGCAUGGGUUUCUCUUAUUCUCUAGAGCAUGCAGGCUCUCUAGUUGUGGCAAGCAGGCUUACUUACCCCGCAGCAUGUAAGAUCUUACUUCCCCUACGAGAGGUUGAACCUGCAUCCCCUGCAGUGAAAGGUGGAUUCUUAACCACUGGACCACCAGGGAAGUCCCUCUAAACACUGGAUUCUUUGAUGCUUGUUCUUUCUUUUCUCCUUACUUUAUCCAUCCUCAGGUAUUAUCAUGUAUUGUAUCCUCAUGGUUUUAUGACCAUUUAUAUACUUACGACUUCAAAUUCUCAUCCCCAACCCAGACCCUUUCUCUCAGCCCCAGGCCCUGAUCCAACUGUUUAUAUGAUAUCUCCACCAGGAUUGCUCAUACUCUCAACAUAGUCAAAAAUGAACUCUUUAUUCCACCCUUUUUCUUACACCUAUGUCUUUCUGCUCCACUACAUUCUGUCUCAGUACCUUGUCCCAUCAUCCACCAGGUUAUACUAACUAGACACUGGGUAGUGAUGUUUUCUUUUUCAUUGACAUACAGCAGACUUACAAUAUUAGUUUUAGCUGUACAACAUAGUAAUUUGAUAUUUUUAUAGAAUAUUUCCUAUGUAAGCUUAUUAUAAAAUAGUGACCGUAUUCCAUGUGCUGUAUCCUUAUAAUUUAUUUAUUUUAUACCUAGUAAUUUUGUACUUCCUUUUUCAUAUCUUUGGAGAAGGAAAUGGCAACCCACUCUAGUAUUCUUUCCUGGAAAAUCCCAUGGACGGAGGAGCCUGGUAGGCUGCAGUCCAUGGGGUCACAAAGAG